CUUGGGUAUUCAGUCUGGUCCUGAAGGGCCUAGGAGGGAGACUGUGGCCAGCAGAGAGGGUUUCUGAGUCCUAAUGAAUCCGUGAUGAUUGCUAGCCUAAUGGUUGCCAUGGUGAUGGAGGAAGACCCCAGUGGCUUGUGCUAGCUUCAAGACUGAGCUGAAUGAGACAAGGAACUGCAUCAGGUUCCAGGUUGUAUGCAGCCCAAACAGCACCAGCCCCCAAACUCUGCCCAUCCUCUUGCCGCAUGGGGCCUAAGACCCUUUUGUGUUCUUUCUGGGUUUGCGCCCGUUUGCCAAGACAGGGAUUUUGUCCCCAGGAGGCACUCCCCGGCCCAUGGGAUCUCAGCAUUCAAAGCAACACAGGAAACCUGGGCCCCUGAAACGAGGCCACCGAAGAGAUCGGAGAACAACCAGGAGGAAGUACUGGAAGGAAGGAAGGGAGAUCGCUCGUGUCUUAGAUGAUGAGGGCAGCAACCUGAGACAGCAGAAGCUCGACAGGCAGCGGGCCCUGCUGGAGCAGAAGCAGAAGAAGAAGCGCCAGGAGCCCCUGAUGGUGCAGGCCAAUGCUGAUGGGCGGCCCCGAAGCCGGCGGGCCCGGCAGUCAGAGGAGCAGGCCCCCCUGGUGGAGUCCUACCUCAGCAGCAGUGGCAGCACCAGCUACCAAGUGCAAGAGGCCGACUCACUUGCCAGUGUGCAGCUGGGAGCUGCCCGCCCAACAGCACCAGCCUCAGCCAAGAGAACCAAGGCAGCUGCCACCGGGGCCUUGAAGAAGGAGAGGAAGGGGAAGCACAAAGGCGCUGGCGGGCCAGUGGCUCUGGCAGAAGACAAGUCUGAGGCCCGAGGCCCCGUGCAGAUCCUGACUGUGGGCCAGUCGGACCACGCCCAGGACGCAGGGGAGACGUCAGCUGGUGGGGGCACACAGCCCAGCGGGCAGGACCUCCGUGCCAGGAUGCAGAGGAAGGGCAUCUCCAGCAGCAUGAGCUUUGAGGAGGAGGAGGAGGAGGAAGAUGAGAACAGCUCCAGCUCCUCCCAGCUGAACAGCAGCACCCGGCCCAGCUCUGCUACUAGCAAGAAAUCCCUCAGGGAGGCAGCCUCAGCCCCCAGCUCAACAGCCCCAGAGCCUUCGGUGGAGGUUGAGGUCCAGGAUCUCGAGGAGUUUGCACAGAGGCCAGCCCCCCAGGGUAUCACCAUCAAGUGCCGCAUCACGCGGGACAAGAAGGGGAUGGACCGGGGAAUCUACCCUACCUACUUCCUGCACCUGGACCGAGAUGAUGGGAAGAAGGUGUUCCUCCUGGCGGGAAGGAAGAGAAAGAAGAGUAAAACUUCCAAUUACCUCAUCUCUGUGGACCCAACAGACUUGUCUCGAGGCGGGGACAGCUACAUCGGGAAACUGCGGUCCAACCUCAUGGGCACUAAGUUCACCAUUUAUGACAAUGGAGUCAACCCCCAGAAGACAUCAUCCUCUACUGUAGAAGGUGGAACCCUGCGUCAGGAGCUGGCAGCUGUGUGCUACGAGACAAACGUGUUGGGCUUUAAGGGGCCGCGGAAGAUGACUGUGAUUGUCCCAGGCAUGACUAUGGUUCACGAGAGAGUCUGUAUCCGGCCCCGGAACGAGCACGAGACGCUGCUGGCCCGCUGGCAGAAUAAGAACACGGAGACUAUCAUCGAGCUACAGAACAAGACGCCCGUCUGGAACGAUGACACGCAGUCCUACGUGCUCAACUUCCACGGGCGCGUCACGCAAGCCUCCGUGAAGAACUUCCAGAUCAUCCAUGGCAAUGACCCGGACUACAUCGUGAUGCAGUUUGGCCGCGUGGCCGAGGACGUGUUCACCAUGGACUACAACUACCCGCUGUGCGCGCUGCAGGCCUUCGCCAUUGCCCUGUCCAGUUUCGACAGCAAGCUGGCCUGUGAAUAGAGGCCUUCUCGUGCCUGUCGGGGUUACCUAGCCCAGAGUGGAGCUGUGACCUGUGGAGACAGCCCUCCCUACCCCCUGUACAUAGGCCUCCUGCCAGAUGAACCUGUGGCUCUCAGUGGGAGCCUGGCCCACCAGCCAGGAACUAGCUCCUCAGCCUCCUCUGUUGAGGCAGAGGAGUGGGGUAUGUGUAAAGGGGCCACAGUGAAUUCUGUGCCCCAAGAUCAGCACACACACCCACUCUUGGGUUAGCAUCCUGCUGCAGUCAUGUUUGCCAAGCUGGGAAGGCAGGAAGAGGUGUAGAGGGAGAGGAAGCACAAUACGGGGCUGCUGUGGCCCAGCCACCUACUCAGCCCGGGAGUCGAUGACCACGGAUCCCCACAGUGAGUGUGUGUGUGUCGUGGGCACAUCACCUUCACAUAGCAAAGGGCUUGGUAGCUGAGCCUGGCCCUUAACUGCGGGAAGUCCCCUACUUCAGGCCUCAGUCAGGCCUGGGGGAGGUCACUGGGGUUAGGGAAGGGUGAAUGGCAGUACCUUGUCAAGACUGCAGGGACCUGGCCAUGGGAAUUGGCUGGUGGCCUAGGGUUCUAGCUCAUUUGAUUUCUCAAGGUUUCUCUGUGCGCAGAGCCAGCAGGAGGCCGGCCCUCGAGGCCAGAUGUCUUAGAGGAUGGGUCCUGCAGGACACAAGCUGAGCAUAUGGGAGGUGCAUGGAACAGGCUUCCUGGACCAGGGCUGUCCUGGGAGUCCUGCCAACUACCCCAGGAGCUCUGCGGAGCAGCCCCUGCACAGGAAACGUGGAUGGGCCCAGGUCACCAGUCUGACUACGCACAGGUUGGUGUGGCCAGGGCUAUGGCUGGUAAGCUUCAGGUGCUUUUGCCUGUGCGUCACCUCCUCCCACCAGCCUAGAUCGUGGUUGCUGAGGGCUUCCCUGUAUGCUUCUCAGGUAGGAAUGGGACAGGGUGAGGAGGGCGGGGAAUAUUAUAGAAUCACUAGAGAUGAGGUGGCAGGACACCUAGAGAUCUACUAAUACAUCUGUUACCUUAGGCAAAUCACUCAAAAAAUGGCACUGGCCCUGGGUUACCUGGCUGGUGAAUGGCAUUCAGAACUUCAGCUCACUGGAUUUCUUGGUUCCCACCAUUCCCCAAAAAACCACUAUCUGUGGCUUUUGGGCCUUUCUGGGGCCCAGUCUGGAUGCCCUCGCCCCUUUGCCUGAUUCCAGAGACUUUGCAGUGUCAGAGUUGACAUAUGAAAUUGAACCAUUUCAGACAAAAUCAUGAGUGGUCAGGGCGGUGUGGCCGUUUCAGUGGAGAUUGAGCAGUUACCUGCUGAAAGCCGGCUGGGUCUUCGCGUGUCAGACUGAUCACGACUGACCGUGUCUGGUUCCCCCAGACAGCAAGCCUGACAAGGCUGCUGCCCACUUCUGUAUGUGGGUGUGUUGGGGGCUGUACGUGUACUGGAGUGGGGCCUGUUCUCUCCCUCCCCCUCCGUGGACAUGGGAGCUCUCCCCUCUUGCCUUUUUGUUGUUUACUCUGGCAGAGGCUAUUUGCCCAGGUGGAGAUCAGAGAUCAGUGGGAAGCAAGUAGUUGUUCCUCUCUUCAGAGUAGAUGUGUUUGGAAAGCACAUCUGUGUAGAAACUGAUGCUUUAAAAACAGGUUAGUGCGGCUCUGUCUGGAGGUGAAGGAAUUGUUUUAACCUAAGUGGAGGUAGUAUGCUCUCUCACUUCCUCGCAGUCGUUUUUCCACGUGGGCUGCUUGAAGCAAGGCUUUUCUGCUACAGCACUGAUCCUCCCACACCCAGGGUGUUUCUUAGAGGCCCCCCCAGUGCCCUAGUUUCUGUUGACAUGGUCUAGUUUCUAGACAGCUCUCUACCUGGGACCUUCCUGAGGGUGCUGGGACUUUCUGUACAGGGCUGGUCCACUUCCUAGGAAGCCCUUUGGUGCCAUCCCCCUUCCCAUAGUCCAGUUUGGCUCUCCCUUUUCUGACUUUGAGAAGAGACCUGCUGACAUUAGGAUAGUAGAAACUAGGUGAUCUCUAAUGUUUGGUCACGCUGUUUCUCUGGGUCUGUGAUUUUAAGGUAGAACAGCUGGUUUUGUGUCCUAGUGAGAGGGGGUCCAGGUAGCAGAGUGGAGAAACCAGAGGCACAAUGGCAAACUCCUGUCUCCUCCAGUGCACAGGAGUGGAGCUGGCUGCAGAUUUUGGCAGGGUCAGGAAUGUGGGCUGAACUUUCUGGCCUGGCUGAGGAGAAGGGUAGCUCAGCAACAAAACUCUGUUGGGCAUCGAGUGACAAGAGCAGUCACCUGCUCAAGACCCGGCCCCACAGUCUAUUUUUACAGCCCUGUUCCUGAGAACGCUGCUUUUCCUUAACCACUGGCCUCAAAGCCGUGGACCCAAAGACUCAAAGCUGCCAGGGGCCCCAGAGACCACCUGGGCUCAGCCUCUCCCAUAGUAAGAGUUCUUGCCCUUCACACCCUCCACCCAGAUGGUCCUUGGUCAGGAGGGAACUUGAUGGAACGAGCAGGCCCUACGAGUGUGGGGCAGCUGGGACCUCAGGCAGCUCUUCUGUGACUGCUCCUGGCUCUGUCACUCCUGGGGCCCUACCCCACAUCUCUAUACCCUUUGUCCAGAACAGCUCUUAUGGAGAGUGGCGACGUUCACUUCCCCACUCUUUUACUUUCCUUCUGGCUCCAAGGUGCUCUGUGUUUGUCUGCAUCUCUGUGUGUAUUUGGGGAAAAGGGCAAUCUGCAAAGAAUCCACUGAGGUUUCUUAUUGUGAUCACAUUUCUAAGAACGAAGAAGAAAGGGACAAGGGUGCAGUGUACCUGCAGAUUUUGUUCAUACCAUUCAGUGCUCUUUGAUAAGGGAGCAUACCUGGGAAAGUGCCCGCUCUUCCUCCCAGGUUCUGAUUAGGACACUGUCUGAGAAAGUUGUUUUCAGUUCCUAUUCUGUGUUACCUGGAGAAAUCUGUGUUGCGUGCGUGCUUUUGCAUGAAUUUGAACAUAUUCUAGUGACUGUGCCUUAAAAACCACGACGCUAGUUCAGAAAGAGCACGUAAGGUCUGGCCCCAGGCUGAGGACAGGUGUCGGCAGCCAGGGAGUAUAGUAUGGUGAUCACAGGCUAGGAGAGGACCUUUGGAGCCCACCUCCUUCCAUGACUAAAGGGGCAAGAGAAAUGAAGUUUCUUUGCUCUAAAAAGAGUGGGGCAUUUGCCUCUAAAUUCAACAAGCAACAGCAAUGACUUCACACUAAGAGGCCCUUGCUUUCCUCACAGUGGGGUCUACAGUGAGGGGAGAUGCUGGGCUGGCCGUGUCCAUGGCUCUUAUGCAAGCACAAAUCCCAUCUCCCAUAUAGAGUCCCUGGUUUCCCCUCACUGCAGUGACACUGGCCUUCCCUUCUUCAAUGCCUUACCCCAGUCAGGAUGUGGUGUGACCUCAGGCUGCCAGUUCGCCCUCAGCACACCUUUCCAGGUAGCUGGUGCCCAGCAUGAGUGGGCCUCACUCCCCUGUGCUCAGGGCCAAGGUAGGACCCUACCCUGGACCCUGGCUUGUUGAACUGUAGCAGCCCCUGGAAGAGGCCUAAGGGUGGGCUCUGGUUUAAGUUUAUUGGUCACCUGUCCUCCCAUACUUGUUUUCUGUCAUCUCAGGAUUCAAGGAGGGGCUGAGCAGAAGUACUGGGACAGGUCUGGUUUUUCAGUUUUCCUACCAGGUUGAGAGGCAAAUUGGUCUUACAGAAAGCAUUCCUGUACGCAAUGGCCACGGGAUUUUGAGCAAACCAUGUAAUUUUCUAGGUCUGUUUUCUCAUCUACAAAGCGAGGAGGUUGAACUGUCCACGCUUGCAGUCAGAGUCAGGGCGGCUGAGAGUCGACCUGUUUUCAUCACUACCCUUUCUAGCUCGUCACUGUGCCUUUUUUCUUUCCUGAGACAGAUGUCACAUCCCUUUCCUCUUCCGCUCAUUUGUCCCCCCCCCCCACCUGCCCUGCCCCACUCCACCCCAAUCAAAGUCCAGACAGAGCUGGAGGCCGAGAUCACAGAGUCCUAGAGGGAUUUAAAGUGGCUCAGAAAGGGAGCCUGACUCUGGUGACUAAGGGGACUUGGUCAGGAUGGGUGGCACUUCUCUUGCUGAGAAUGUACAUUUAGCCAGUUUUCAUAAUGCUUAGAAUGUGUAUGUCUAUUUGCACAAGACCAUCUUUUCCUAUUUUGGAGUGGUCAGACAUUUUAUUUUUGUUUAGAUUAUCUGGAGUUUUAGAUGAACUUGCAAACUGUGCUUUUACCAACUUUUUGAAUAAACUCUUUGGUAUUCUGGAGCAAAUGUAUUUAUUUACUGGUAUGUGCAAUGACAAAGUUGGUAUUUUCCCAUGUUGACAUUAUGUACGUUGUAUGACUUAAGUGUUUGUCUAAGUACAGACCAUAUAUCAACAAAUUAAACUUGAACUGUUUCAACACUA